AUGUGUUCACAAUGCGGUAAACGUUUUAGUCAUUCCGGUUCAUAUUCAAGUCAUAUGUCAAGCAAAAAAUGUAAUACCAAUGGUAACAGUAAUAAUGAAGCUAAUACAACAACUACACAUACUCUUAAUGUCAGUAUUCAUCAUAACAAAAAUAUUAACGAUGUUGGUCAAAUGUUUGCUACUAAUGAUACUCUUACGAAUCAAAUAUCUUUUAAUAAAAUAAACCAACUCACGUCAUCUUUUGAAUUACACAGAAACAAGGUAAAUGUAUUAAAUAAAGAACAUGAUAUUAGAAAUAGUAUUCAUAUCAGUGAAGACACUGAACUUAGCUCUGUUUCAAGUAUAUUAGAAUCUGUCAAUCAAGUUAAUAAUUCGGAUUAUUUUUUAAAAUUUAAUCAUUUAAAACUAGAUAACUAUUUGCCAGCUAAUUCAUCGAACCAGUUUAAUUCACACUUAAAGAAUGAUGAAAUUAGUGAGCAUGUUCACAGUACUACUACUAGUGGUAGUAGUAUUAUUACCACUUUAACUACCAUCGCUAAUAGUAAUUUACAUCAUGCAGAUGAACAACCUGAUGAAUUAUUACGUAAUCAGUAUGAUUUGAAAAAUUUGUCCAAAUCAGAGUUAGAAAUACAAAAUUUAGCAAUUAUGCUUGGAAUAAAACCAGAAAAUGCGGAACAAUUAUUUCAAUAUUUGUAUACAACUGAACAACGUCAAUGUAUGGAACAGAAAAAACAAUUUGUCAAUGCCUACAAUACACAAUAUUCGCACUAUUAUCCACUACAACAUGCAAAUAUAGUUACAUCUUCACCAGUGAUCUCAGCAGUGAAUAAUCAUGAAUUAGUUAAUCAUCAACCAAAGUCGUUCAAUAAUAACAGUUUUACCAAGUAUGAAAGUUAUAAAGUUGAUAAUUAUACUUCGAACUCAUUAUCAUCCUCUGCCUUUGUCUCUACCUUACCUUCUUUUUCGCCAUUAUCAUCAUCACCUUCAAUAUCCUACCUUGGUGUUUCUUCAUCUUCUUCAUUGUCGUCUAUAUCAACAACAAAUGUGACGAAUUUACCAUCGGCAGUGUGCUCAUCUAAUUAUUCACAACAGGAUCCAUCGAUGAUAUUCUGUCAACUAUCUCCAGAUAUCAUGAAACAUAUAAUUUCGAAUUUACAUAGAAACAAUGUACUAAAUUACUCAACUCCAUUAUCAUCCUUUACUUAUAAACAACAGGAUUUUAAUACACGCAUCAUGGAAACACAGCAAUUCCCACCGUCACCACCACCACAAUCAUCACCGUUGGAAAUGAUGAUGACACCGACGACAACAAAAACUGAACAACCAAGUACAUUUGUACAACAGGAGAAAGAAACGAUUUCGGAAUUCCGAAGUGAGGAGCUUCAUGAAGAUCAGGAAAAGGCUUUAGAUUUGUCAUUGCCUCGAAUAAAACCUGAUGAUAUACCAUUAAGUACAGACAAUCAACAGUUUAACAUUUCAAAUUCCUAUCAACCGGAUAUUCAUAAAUCACCUAACCUAAUGUGGUCAACAUCAUCAACAAUGACAUUUAUGGAAGCGGCUACUGCAGCGGUUGCAGCUGUUUCCUUUUUAUCGCGAACAUCGAAUGAAAUGAAUUAUUCAAAUCAAAAUUUAGAACAUUUAAAUGAUAAUUCAAUAAAGGAUUUAUCACAGUCAUCUAGGUCGAUAUCACCUAACAAUUCUUCAUGGACAUGUGAACUUAACAGAAAUUGUAUUCAUGAUAUUAGUGAUAGCAGUAACGAUUGUAAAACUGAAAAAAAUAAUCAUUAUAAUACUAGUGAGUUUGACUAUUCUACUUAUAUGAAGACCACAAUGGAUAAGAGAAGCGUUGUAAAAGAACUAAGAGAUGCUGACAAUUCAUCCACUCAAAUCAAUGAACAACAAGAUACCAGUGAUCAUAUUCAAUCCGAUAAAAAGAUUAAUGGCCACAUCAAUGAUAAUAAUUAUUACAAUCAUUUAUAUCAUCUCAGUGUUUGUGAAAAGUUGGAGAAAUAUGGAAAAAGUAACAAUUGUUUUAAUGAUAGUAUCAAUGGUAGCAUUAGUAGUUGUAGUGACGGUGUCAAUAACACGGAAGUAUUUGCUUGUGAUCAAUGUCAAAAAGUAUUCUCUAAACAUAGUUCACUAUCCAGGCACAAAUAUGAACAUACUGGUCUUCGGCCAUUUAUAUGCCGUAUAUGUUCCAAAGCUUUCAAGCAUAAACACCAUCUAACAGAACAUAAACGUUUGCAUACUGGUGAAAAACCAUUUGAAUGUCAAAAAUGUGGUAAACGUUUUAGUCAUUCCGGAUCAUAUUCUCAACAUAUCAAUCAUCGUUAUAAAUAUUGUCAAUCAUAA